AUGGGAUGCACCACCAGCAUGGUGUUCUUGGAGGGGCUGCGCUCCAUCCUUGAAAGGAACUGUAGCUACAUGAAGGGGGCGGUGGAGCUGGGAGCUCCGGUGGAGGAGGAGGAAACAUUGAGUCUUAGGGGAUCCAGUCUCUGGACCCCCACCUCGGCUGUGGUAAAACCAAAGGUCAUAGAGCCUCUGGACUAUGAGAACGUGGUCCUGCAGAGAAAAACCCAGAUCUUCAGCGAUGUUCUGCGCGACAUGUUGCAGUUUCCUGCAGACGACUUCCAGAUCUCCACCCUGCAGCGCCAGGGCCGGACUCUGUUCUCCACCGUGCCAGAGACUGCUGAAAAAGAAGCCCACUCUCUGUUUGUCCAAGAGUGCAUUAAAACAUACAAGUCUGACUGGCAUGUGGUCAACUACAAGUAUGAGGAAUAUUCUGGAGACUUCCGCCAGCUCCCAAAUAAAGUGUUGAGGCCUGAGAAACUAGUGGCUCACUUGUUUGAGGUGGAUGAAGACGUGGAAAAAGAUGAGGACACGGCCUCCCUUGGAUCUCAGAAGGGAGGAGUUUCCAAACAUGGCUGGCUCUACAAAGGCAACAUGAACAGUGCAAUCAGUGUUACAAUGAGGUCCUUCAAGAGGAGGUACUUCCAUCUGGCUCAGCUGGGCGAUGGAUCCUACAACCUGAACUUCUACAAGGAUGAAAACACCUCCAAGGAGCCCAAAGGGACCAUCUUCCUGGACUCCUGCAUGGGUGUUGUCCAGAACAGCAAAGUGCGUCGCUUUGCGUUUGAGCUGAAGAUGCAGGACAAGAGUACCUUCCUGCUGGCGGCAGACGGCGAGGCGGAGAUGGACGAGUGGAUCGGGACCCUCAACAGGAUCCUCCACAGCAGCUUUGAGCAGGCCAUGCAGGAGAAGAGGAACGGCGACCUGCACGAUGAUGAGGAACACGGAAAAACAGACCUUUCCUCUGGAAGCUUUCAGGACACCUUUCAGACUUCCCGAGACACUGAAUCCAAAAUGAGGAGCGAAGCUCGGCUCAAGCUGUUCACUCUGGAUCCCGACACACAGAAACUGGACUUUUCCAGCAUCGAGCCGGAUGUGCGUCAGUUCGAGGAGAAGUUUGGAAAGAGAGUUCUGGUCAGCUGCCACAACCUGUCCUUCAACCUGCAGGGCUGCGUGGCCGAAAACGACGACGGGCCGACAACAAACGUAGAGCCUUUCUUCUUGGUCUUGUCCCUGUUUGAUGUCCAGAACAGCAGGAAGAUCUCGGCCGACUUCCACGUGGAUCUGAACCACCCUUUGGUCCGACAGAUGGUGUACAGCCAUGGUAGUGGGCCGGACCUGCAGAUCAACGGCAGCAGCAACGAUGAUCCUCUAGGAAGCCACAGGCUAGCUACUGGACUCCCCCACCAGGCUCUUCUGUACCCCAAACAGGGGGUGUUCUCUGUUACUUGCCCCCAUCCGGAGAUCUUCCUGGUGGCUAGAAUAGAGAAGGUCCUGCAAGGAGGGAUCACCCACUGCACCGAACCAUAUAUGAAGAGCUCGGACUCUACAAAGGUGGCUCAAAAGGUGCAGAAGAAUGCCAGGACAGCGUGCAGCAGACUGGGACAGUACAGAAUGCCGUUCGCCUGGGCUGCCAGGCCGGUGUUUAAAGACGCUUCAGGAACUCUGGAUAAAAACACUCGUUUCUCAGCUCUGUUCAGACAGGACAGCAGCAAGCUGUCCGACGAGGACAUGUUCAAACUACUUACUGACUUCAGAAAACCGGAGAAAAUGGCCAAACUCCCCGUCCUCUUGGGGAACUUGGACGUGACUAUUGAUAGCGUGGCUCCGGAUGGAAGCAACUGCAUCACGUCCUCCUACAUCCCUGUGAGGAACUUUGAUGCCAGCGGACCGGGCAGCGCUCUCUUGGAGGUGGAGGAGUUCGUCCCCUGCAUCGCGAAGUGCUCCCAGCCCUUCACCAUCUACAAAAACCACCUCUACGUCUACCCAAAACACCUCAAAUAUGACGGGCAGAAAUCUUUUGCAAAGGCCAGAAAUAUCGCUGUUUGCAUCGAAUUCAAGGACUCGGAUGAGGACGAGGCCGAGUCGCUGAAGUGCAUCUAUGGUCGUCCAGGUGGGGCUUUAUUCACCAAGCAGGCGUUUGCAGCCGUCCUGCACCACCAGCAGAACCCGGAGUUCUACGAUGAGAUAAAGAUGGAGCUUCCGACUCAGCUGCAUGAGAAGCACCACCUCCUCUUCACCUUCUAUCAUGUCAGCUGUGACAGCAACAGCAAGAAGAAGGACCUGGUGGAGUCUCCUGUGGGUUCAGCUUGGCUUCCUCUGCUGAGAGACGGCGGCAGAAUCGUCGUGAACGAACAGCAACUUUCUGUUGCAGCUAAUCUACCUGCCGGAUACCUCAGCUUCCAGGAUGGACUCAAGUCGGGUUUGGAGAUUAAAUGGGUAGAUGGAGGCAAACCUCUCUUCACAGUCUCAACCCACCUCGUUUCUACUGUUUACACUCAGGAUCAACAUUUGUACAACUUCUUCCACCACUGUCAGCGGAUGGAGACGUCCGAAGCAGCUUCAGAGGGAGAGCUGGUGAAAUACCUGAAGAGUCUUCAUGCGAUGGAAGGUCAUGUGAUGGUCAACUUUCUUCCCACCAUCCUCAACCAGCUGUUCUGUGUCCUGACCAGAGCCACGAAUGAGGACGUGGCCGUCAACGUCACCAGAGUCAUGGUGCAUGUGGUUGCACAGUGUCACGAAGAAGGACUCGAGCAUUACCUCAGAUCUUACGUCAAGUUUGUGUUAAAACCCGAACCUUAUUCUUCCAUCUGCGUGAAAACGGUUCACGAGGAGCUGGCCAAGGCCAUGACGGCCAUCCUCAAGCCAUCCACAGACUUCUUAACAAGCAACAAGCUGCUGAAGCAUUCUUGGUAUUUCUUUGAAGCUCUGGUGAAGUCGAUGGCUCAUUACCUGAUGGAGAGCGGGAAGGUGAAGCUGUGCAGGAAUCAGCGUUUCUCCGCCUCCUUCCACCACGCUGUGGAGACGCUGGUCAACAUGCUGAUGCCGCACAUCACCCAGAAAUACAAAGACAACCUGGACGCUUCUCGCAACGCCAACCACAGCCUGGCCGUCUUCAUCAAGCGCUGCUUCACCUUCCUGGACAGAGGCUUCGUCUUCAAGCAGAUCAAUAACUACAUGAACUGCUUUCUGCCUGGAGACCCGAAGACGUUGUAUGAGUUUAAGUUCGAGUUCCUGCGGGUGGUCUGCAGCCAUGAGCACUACGUGCCUCUCAAUCUGCCCAUGCCCUUUGGAAAAGGCCGAAUUCAGAGGUUUCAAGAUCUCCAGCUGGACUACUCCCUCACCGACGACUUCUGCCGAAACCACUUCCUGGUGGGGCUGCUGCUGAGAGAGGUGGGGGGGGCGCUUCAGGAGUACAGAGAGAUUCGCCAGACCGCCAUCCAGGUUCUCAAAGGACUGAUGAUCAAACACACGCUGGACGAGCGCUACGCUGCAAAGAGCCAACAAGCCAGGCUGGCCACUCUCUACCUCCCUCUGUUUGGCCUGCUUCAGGACAACGUCUCCAGGCUGGACAUCAAGGACUCGGCGUCUCUCAGCAACAACAGUAACAUGAGGGAGGAGCCUCUGGUGCUGAACGCCAUGGUGACCCCUCAGAAACCUGGAAGCUGCAUAGAAAACGCUCUCCACAAAGAUGUGUUUGUGGUCAUCUCUGGAACAGCCUCCCCGCACAGCUCCACGCCCAACGUCCACCACGCGGACUCCAGAGGAUCUCUGGUCUCCACCGACUCUGGAAACAGAGAUCCUGACAAGAGCAGCGACAAGACCAACUCUCUGGAGAAGAGCCAGUGUGUUUCAGCUCUGGGCAGCACCGUGCUGCGCUGUGACAAACUGGACCGAGACGAGAUCAAAAACCUGCUCAUGUGCUUCCUGCACAUCCUCAAAAGCAUGUCAGAAGAGGCCCUCUUCGCUUACUGGAACAAAGCAGCUCCUGCAGAGUUGAUGGACUUUUUUACACUCAUAGAAGUCUGCCUCCACCAGUUCAGAUACAUGGGGAAGAGGUUCAUAUCCAGGAGCCAGGAGGGUUGUGGACCUGUGGCUGCAGACAGGAAGUCUCUGACUCUUCCUGUGUCUCGUAACAGGGCAGGAAUCCUGCAUGCUCGCCUGCAGCAGCUCGGAGCGCUGGAGAACGCUCACACCUUCAACAACACGUGCUGCCACGCCGAGGCCGACGUGCACAGCCAGUGUCUGCUGGAGGCCAACGUGUCCACGGAGGUCUGCCUGACCGUGCUGGACACGCUCAGCAUCUUCAUCAUGGGGUUCAAGACCCAGCUGAAUUCAGAUCUGGGCCACAAUCCCCUGAUGAAGAAGGUUUUCCAGGUGCACCUGUGCUUCCUGCAGAUCCCCCAGUCAGAGGCUGCCCUCAAACAGGUCUUCACCUCCCUCAGGACCUUCAUCUACAAGUUCCCUUGUACCUUUUUUGACGGCCGGGCCGACAUGUGUGCGUCUCUCUGCUAUGAAAUCCUCAAAUGCUGCAACUCCAAGCUGAGCUCCAUCCGCAGCGACGCCGCCCACCUCCUCUACUUCCUCAUGAAGAACAACUUCGACUACACGGGCCGCAAGUCUUUUGUUCGGACACACCUGCAGGUGGUCAUCGCGGUCAGCCAGCUGAUUGCUGAUGUGAUCGGCAUCGGGGGAACCCGUUUCCAGCAGUCUCUCUCAAUCAUCAACAACUGUGCCAACAGUGACAAGAACAUAAAGCAUACAGCGUUUCCUUCAGACGUGAAGGACCUAACCAAACGCAUCAGGACGGUGCUGAUGGCCACAGAGCAGAUGAAGGAGCACGAGAACGACCCAGAGAUGCUGGUGGACCUCCAGUACAGCUUGGCCAAGUCCUACACCAGCACCCCAGAGCUCAGGAAGACCUGGCUGGACAGCAUGGCUCGCAUCCACAACAAGACCGGAGACCUUUCAGAGGCUGCCAUGUGUUACGUUCAUGUUGCUGCUCUGGUGGCUGAGUACCUGUGGAGAAAAGGAAUGUUUAGGCAGGGCUGCUCGGCUUUCCGCGUCAUCACUCCAAACAUUGACGAGGAGGCGGCCAUGAUGGAGGACGUAGGGAUGCAAGACGUCCACUUCAAUGAGGAGGUGCUGAUGGAGCUGCUGGAGGAGUGUGCUGAUGGUCUCUGGAAGGCGGAGCGUUAUGAGCUUAUUGCUGAUGUCUACAAGCUUAUUAUUCCCAUCUACGAACAGCGCAGGGACUUUGAGAAACUGACACACCUGUAUGACACACUCCACCGUGCCUAUACCAAAGUGAUGGAGGUGAUGCAUACUGGCAAAAGAUUGCUGGGUACAUACUUCAGAGUGGCCUUCUUUGGACAGGCUGCGGGCUUCUUUGAGGAUGAGGAUGGAAAGGAAUACAUCUACAAGGAGCCAAAGUUCACGCCAUUGUCUGAAAUCUCCCAACGCCUUCUCAAGCUCUACUCUGACAAAUUCGGACAAGAAAACGUGAAGAUCAUUCAGGACUCUGGGAAGGUUAACCCCAAAGACCUGGACUCCAAAUAUGCCUAUAUCCAGGUGACUCAUGUUACACCCUACCUGGAUGACAAGGAGCUGGAGGACAGGAAGACCGACUUUGAGAAGAGUCACAACAUCCGACGCUUUGUGUUUGAGACGCCAUUCACGGUUUCUGGCAAGAAGCAGGGAGGAGUGGAAGAGCAGUGUAAACGGCGUACUAUUCUGACAACCACCCACUGUUUCCCGUAUGUAAAGAAGCGGAUAGCAGUUAUGUACCAGCACCAGACCGACCUGAGCCCCAUCGAGGUGGCCAUAGAUGAGAUGAGUGCUAAGGUGGCCGAGCUGCGACUGCUGUGCUCGGCCUCGGAGGUGGACAUGAUCCGCCUGCAGCUCAAACUGCAGGGCAGCAUCAGUGUUCAGGUGAACGCCGGUCCGCUCGCCUACGCCAGAGCCUUCCUAGACGACAGCAGUGCCAAGAAGUAUCCAGACAACAAGGUUAAACAGCUAAAAGAGGUCUUCAGGCAGUUUGUGGAUGCUUGUGGUCAUGCUCUGGGAGUUAAUGAGCGACUGAUCAAAGAAGACCAGCAAGAGUAUCAUGAUGAGAUGAAGGCCAACUACAGGGACCUGACCAGGGAGCUGUCCAGCAUUAUGCAUGAACAGAUCAACCCGGUGGAGGACGGCUCCAGGAGCACUCUGUCGGACUCUUUGGGUAUCUUCAACGCCAUCAGCAGCACGCCGAGCACCAACCCUCACGGUUCAACCACCGUUCUCUGAUAGGCAGGUUUCAUCCCACACCUUCAUCAUCGCUAAUCAGGGGUAGACCACCUGUCCGAUGGGAAAGUAUUAGGGAAUCUAUUACUGUUGUUUUUGGUAUUUUCCUCCUCCUUGUGCAUGUUCAUUUGUUUGCUAGCCUCUUGUUUCCUAUGGAGACUUCAGUUAAAUAGUUACAGCACCAACUUUUUGAUGGAUCUGAGUCUUUGAUCGUUAAUAUCCAGUUUGUUCUAUCUAGUGUUGGAGAAUUGACCCUUAAGAGAUCCCCAGGACAUUUUGAUUUUCAUUUUUAUACCAUUUCAUCUGUUGAUUGAGUAUAACUAAAGUUUCCCAAAGGAUAUUCUUUUUAGAGAAUUUUGAAAUUGUAAUUACAGUCGCUUAAAUUAGCCUAAAUUGGCUAAGCGACAAAAAAAACUUACACAUUUGAUCUUAAAGACAAAAUAUGUCCCAUUGAAAUUAUUGGAUUUUUUUCUUCGUAACAUAAAUGAAUGCAUUCCUUUAUGUUAAGAUUUAUUUUGGACUACUAGCCUUUUUUAUGUGUCCAUCAGAUUGCACCUCUCUUUUUCAUAUUCAAAACAUGCUAAACAUUUUAUGGGAAUUAUUUUCUUUUAUUUAUUUUUUUUACCAUAAAAAAUUGUAGAGUUUUGAAACAAAUUGGCUUUUAAAGGGUUAAAAACUACAAAUUAUCAUCAUUAUCUGAUAUAUAUAUAUUUCAGCCAGCGGUUCAUUUGAAGUGGGAAAAAUUAUUAGUACAUUAUAUUAUAAGUUUUUGACAAGGUGACAUUUUUCAUCUUAAAUGUCAAACGUGAUUUGAUUUUUUUAUUUAUUUUUAAUUUUUUUAAGCCUAACGCUGUAUAAAAACAGUACAUGAGAAUCAAUAUUGUUGCCAAUCAAUGACCCAUCCCAGAGCCUUAUAAUAAUAAGAAGUAAAUACUCAAUGAAAUGUAUUUUAUGGGAGUUUGUUUAGUUUGUGCUGGGUUUAGAAAAUCGAUAAAUCCAAUAUCGAUUGAUAAAACUUGAAGAUUGAUUUAUUUUGUAUGUCCUCUUUUCCGGUAACGUGACGCUACUCCCGCGUGGCAAAUAUACAUACAACUCAGAUUUUUUCAUUCACCAAUGUGGAUUACGUUCAGUCAUCAGUUAUCUGAGAACUUCUUUAAUAUACAAGAAAAAAGAUGGUAUUACACAAUUAGCUGUAAAUUAAUCGAUAUCGAAUUGAAUUGGAUUUAAUCAAAAUCGAAUUGAAUUAGGCUGCUGUGAAUCGAAUUGAAUCGAUUCAGGACAUUAGUAACAAUAACCCCACUUUUAGUAUUUUUUAUUUUUCCUGUGUGGUGAAAAAAAUAAAGGAUAUUUUCUCUUUACAAACCUGUGGAGUUUUGUAAAGGGUUAAAAACUACAAAUAUUAAAUAUCAUAUGUAUAUUUCAGGCUGACGCUUUUAAAAUUAAAAAAAUAUAAUAAUAUAUAAGAUAUUUACAGAAGUUUUUGACAAGGUGACAUUUUUUGUCCUUAGGAUGAAAUGUGUGAUUUUUUUUAAAGGAUCUCUUAAGGGUUGAAACCGGUGAUGGCUCAACAAGCAUAGAUCCAGAACUUCGACAAACAGCCUGGAGCUUCAGGAUUUGUAUUUGAAGUUUGCACCUGGUCUGUUUUUGUUUCAUAUGAAGUGGUUGUAAAAACAAACAGAUAAAAGAUAUUUUAUCUUUUGAAUAAAUGUUUUUUCUACUUUCGGUCAAUAGACUUGUAUAGAAAUUGUCUAAAGCCAAGUGAACCACGUUUUAACCUAUUUCAUGACAGUGUGUGCAAUAUUUUCUAUUGUUCCUGAGGCUACUACUGCAUAAAGAACCACUCCUGCCAAAGACAUUAAGAAAAAGUUUGUGCAAUCCCAGACGAGGGUGUGACCGUUUGCACUCUACCCCUUUUUCUUUGUCUGUCAUGUAGAUGCCUUUUAUUACCUGUGAGGGAAAAUAAAAGCAAAAAGUAAAAAUAAAAACUUUUUUACUUAAUGGCUCCUCAUGUGAAUAUGUUUAAGACUUAAAAAUGAAUAAAAAUCUGUGAUAAAA